AGGCUCUACGACCACACCCACGCGCUGCACGGACACCGCCAGGAGUGACGUCAUUCUUUGUAGGCCCCAGGUUAAAUUCAGGCGCCCUGUGACCGGCCCUCCCUCCUGCACAAGGUCCCGCCCCAUGAGUGCCCAAACCGAGACACAACUCCGAAAUGCAUAAUCAGUCUCCACCCCUAGGAAGUCCCUACCCGGUUCUUAGCCCGGAAGUCCGCGGGACAGAAGUCCGGAAGUUCGAGAGACAGUUCCCUAGUCCCCUUCCGCUAAUUCGCCGAGUCUGCUGUGAAGUGAAGCCCAGGUUCCAGGGAUGUACAUGCAGGUGGAGACACGAACCAGCACCCGCCUCCAUCUGAAGAGGGCUCCAGGCAUCCGGUCUUGGUCCCUGCUGGUCGGAAUAUUAUCCACUGGCCUGGCUGCUGCCUAUUACAGUGGAGAUAGUCUGGGCUGGAAGCUCUUCUAUGUCACAGGCUGCCUGUUUGUAGCUGUACAGAACUUGGAGGACUGGGAGGAAGCCAUUUUCAACAAGAGCACUGGGAAGGUCAUCUUAAAGACAUUCAGCCUCUACAAGAAGCUACUGACUCUUCUCAGAGCAGGCCAUGACCAAGUGGUGGUCCUGCUAAGAGACAUCCAGGAUGUGAAUGUGGAAGAGGAGAAGGUCCGUUACUUUGGGAAGGGCUACACCGUGGUGCUCCGGUUCGCGACAGGCUUUUCCCACCCCCUUACUCAAAGUGCCGUCAUGGGCCGACGCAGUGAUGUGGAAGCCAUUGCCAAACUCAUCACCAGCUUCUUGGAGUUGCACCGCCUGGAGAGCCCCUCAGAACGGUCACAGAGCAGCGACAGUGAAGCCGAUGGCCCUGGUGACCAAAGCUGACAGCGUGGAGCAGCUGCUGGUAAAUGUCUCCAACUGACUUGCCCAUUAUGAGGGUGCAGGCAGAUCUUGUGUGGACCACCUGCCUUUCGCUUGUUUACGCUUCUACGCUUUGCAGAACCAUGGGCUGGACAUCUUCCACAACCCAGAAAGGCUUCAUCUAUCAGGAUGCGGGAGAUGGGUGCUACAUCCAGAGGAGGGCAGCAAAUCAUAAAUGAGUGCCUUCUCCAGAGACAGACUACAGCUCUGGCUUAGGUCACAGCCUGGUCUGGAUAAGCUCACCCAAGGGCAUCCAAGGUAUAAGAUGCCAGUCUUUCUUCUUCAUAGUGAGAUUGAGACACCACAUGCAUGUAAGGAGGACCCACUCCUGUGCACAGUGGCGACUUAUGCUAUAAAUCCUGAUGUCUCCUCUCCUGGACCAGCCCUCCUCAAGAUGGACAUUCUUGGUGGUCAGGGGCUUCCCUGAAGGCAGCCUGGCUGCAGAACUCUCAGAGAAGUCAGAGUGCUGUAGACUGCCCCGUUCCUGCCUGGACUGCUGAGAGCCCAGCAGUGUUGGAGCACCACUGUUAGGAACAGAAGGCUCUCCCAACCCAAACUGGGAAGAAGCUGCCAGUGGAGGAAAGGCCACCUCUUCUGGUUUUCUGCAGCCUUUGAGAACCGGGAGCUCCUUUACAGAAACUGAGUCUUAGCUUCCCAAGCCUUGGAAAGACCUGGGGAAGACAGGCACGUGAUACAUAUCCCUACAAAGUGAGGCAGGAAGAAAGUUGAAGGCCAGCCUGGCCACGGCCUCUUCUAACAGAAGCUGUUCCAGCCCCUGAUGGCCUUCUAUGCUCUUCUAGUUCUCUCUGAAAGACUCAAGUCCCCCACAAGUACAGUGUUCACUAAGUUGCCGGGAAGCUUGGCUUCCAGGCCUGAAAUCUGUGGACCUCUGGUCUACACACAGCCCCCAAAGCUGCGUGCCUAUGCCUGGCCAGGUAGAACUGGGAAAACAAGGAAGUCAAGGCAGCCUUGAGGCCACUGUACUGGGCUGGACAAGAAUAGUUACGCCACAACCUUCAACAGAUCUUUUUGAAGUGACUGCUAUCAGUUCUGACUUGGGGAAUAUGGUUGAACAUGUCAAAGUAAGCUUUUGUUUUGUUUUAUGAGACAGGGUUUCUCUGUGUUGCCCUGGCUGUCCUGGUACUUGCUCUGUAGACCAGACUGGCUUUGAACUUGCAAAGAUCUGCCUGCCUCUGCCUCCCAAGUACUGGGAUUAAAGGUGGGUGCCAACAUUGCCUGGCAGAAUGAGUUUUUUUUCAAUGGUCAAAUUAGACAAUUUUUUUCUUUGCAAAUGAAGUGUGAAACAUAGCUGGUGGGUUCUGACUUGUCACCGACAGGCUCUUAAGGUACUUUAGACAAGGGAGGAGUCUGUCUCUCGGGUGCUGUCCUAUCCCUUUCCUCUAUUUCCCAGUGCUGGGACUCAUUCCUGGGUGAAGGAACGAAGUCCUCUAUGAGCCAGGGCGGUGGCAAAAAGCUGAUUCAAGUUUCUGUAAGUGGGGCUUCUGCUUCUACUGUCUUUUUAUUUCAUAAUAAAGCUCUACAUGCAAAUUGCAA